UAAGAGAGGAGUCUGGCGCGCUCGCUGUGCAGCAGCAUCCAGUCGUCGGAGUUAGUGCAUCUCCAAAGAGGUUCUAUGUGCGCUUCUUCUUCCCUUCAUUCCCUCAGUCACAAUCCUAUCGUCCGUCUGCUAAGAUUCCGACCGAUCUAAAACCUACACACACAUAUAUAUAUAUAUAUAUACAUACAACAAUCCAUUCCCUCAUCAUCUCAUCAUCAUCCAAAUCCGCCUUUGCAGCGCGCGCGUGUCUGCAUUUCGUCCUUCGUCCUCCCGACUUCCCAAUAUAACGCGACUUCCUUAGCGCGCGCGGACAGGAAGUUAGCAUUAGUUUGUUGUCGUGUGAAUGGAAUCCGCCGCCUCUCUUUUGCAUUUGCCGUCGUCUGAGCACCGCAAUAAAUUCGUUGCAGUGUCGCCGCCGCCGCCACAGCCACCUCCGCCAACCGACAACGGGAACAACAUUUGAAUUACUCUUAAAGUUCCAUAUUUGGAGCCAAGGACUGAUCCAAGACUGUUAAAUUGUGAUAGAAUGACACGCCUGGAGCCGCGACGGUAGUGCAGCGCCCCUCCCUCAAAAGCGGAGAUCACUCAAGAGAAAACACACACACACACGUAGAGGGUGUGUUUUCUUUUCAGUUUUCUUUUGUUGUUUCGUUUCUUUCCUCUGAUUUCGUUACGUUUUUCUUUUUUAAAUUCAUUCGUUACGUUUUCCUUGGAAUCAUCGUGCGACGAUCACCUUCUUUUCGCGAGGAUGGAAAUCAAGCACGACAUGUACCGCGAUGAAGUCUUGCUGGUCAAGACCGAGCCUCGUCUUCACUCACCGAACGGUUUGCAGACUGCAAACGGACCUACGAACGGUUUGGUGACAUUGGCAAGCAGCAGCAGUGGCCAUAGCAGUUCAGUGACGAACGGCCUUACGAACUCAAAUGGACUUAGUGCUAGUAGCAACGGCAAUGGACCGUUCAGUAGUUUAAGUAAGAGGCCUCGAACCGACGAGUGGCUCCCUAGUCCAGGUGGUGCUACAAUUAUUGGAGGCGGCGUAGGGACCAGUGCACCCCUAACGCCCUCACCAGGGCCGCCGUCCAACACCUACACUGCCAUUAGCAACGGGUAUUCUUCUCCAAUGUCUUCAGGCAGCUACGAUCCUUAUAGUCCCAAUGGCAAAAUAGGUAAGUCAUUACCUUAGUUACGAACUAUCACCCAUG